AUGAAGAGCAGCCACAACAACAACAACAACAACAAUGACAACAACAACGGCAACAACAACGACAACGACAACGACAACGACAAUGACAACGACAACGACAACGACAACGACAACAACAACGACAACGAAAACGACAACGACAAGGACAACGACAAUGACUACGACAACAACAACAGCAACAACAACAAAGGCCCCACGAGCAGCCUGAGACGGUUGCUUAGGCUGUGGAGAAAUGGGAGCUUUCCACUCCCCACGAGGUCCAUUAUCUCUUCGACCUCAAGUCGAAUCCAAGCCAUCAGGGUACUUGAUUCUCUUACUUCUACCACCGAGACAUGA